AUGGCUUUUGAAGAUACCCUAGACAACCCCACCGCAGCUGUAAAAUCCAGUGCUUCAUGUGCUUCAGAAACCAACAAAAACCUUGACAAGGCACAACCAAUUAUUACAGUUCGCAAUGAUAAUUUCACUACCUUAUUCACCAUACGGUUGAAUGGAAAGAACUAUAGCACUUGGUCGAAGAUGAUAUUGCUUCAUGUGUCAAACCAUGGAAAAAGAGGUUAUCUGAUAGGGAAGGUGGCUCAAGUGGAAGAAAAUGCUUCGGGCUUUGAUUCCUGGUGUAUUGAAGACUCCAUUAUUAAAGGAUGGUUGAUAAAAACUAUGGAACCUGAUUUGGUAUAG